UCUGCGCACGAGACGUAGGGAACAAGGCGUCCCAGUGCCGCCCCGACUGCCAAACCUAAACGGACAGAUAGUGUGGAGACCGCGGCUUUCUCUGCCCCACCUUCUCCUCCAGCACCGGAGGAUGCCCAGAAGCCCGGGAAGAACAGACGACGCUUGGAUCUGGUUGCGAGAGGAAGGCAGCGAGCGAGCGGCGUCGGGGAACUUUCGCCCUCGGCUCCGCGUUCAUUCCAACCAGCCAACCUGCUGCUAACCAAGAUCUCUCUGUCCCGGCGCCGGCGGCGCUGCGCGAAGCUCUUGAUGCGCCCCGUCCAGGCUCAGGAUCCAGUGCUUCCCCACGAUGCCUGCGGGAGCCGCAGCCACGUCUUUGAUGCAGGCGAAUGGGCGGCGGGGACCCUGUUCGCUGGGGUGCGCGGGUGGCUGCCAUAGGAGACCCUCCUGGACGGCGGUAGGCGCCUGGAGCCCGUGGGCGCCCUCUGAUGGAGAACGCCUCCAACGGCAGCCAGGGGCCCCUGGAGCCCCGGGCCCCUGGCGGGAAUGGGGUGGUGCUAGGCGUCUGCUUCCUCUGGCUGCUGGUUUUGAGCACCUUGCUGGGCAACGCCCUGGUCUGCAUGGCCAUCGUCCGGUUUCGCCACCUGCGAGCCAAAGUCACCAACUGGUUUGUGCUGUCACUGGCCUCUUCUGACCUGUGUGUGGCGCUGCUGGUCAUGCCCUGGCAGGCAGUCACGGAGGCGGUGGGUGGGGUGUGGCUCUUUGGCACCCGUUUCUGCGACACGUGGGUGGCCGCCGACAUCAUGUGCUCCACGGCCUCCAUCCUCCAUCUCUGCAUCAUAAGCCUCGACCGCUACUGGGCCAUCGCCAGCCCCUUCCGCUACGAGCGGCGGAUGACCCGGGGCCUGGCCUCCGCCAUGAUUGCCCUGGCCUGGACCCUCUCUGUCCUCAUCUCCUUCAUCCCUGUCCAGCUCCAUUGGCACAGAGUUGAGGAGCAGGGGGGGACUGACCCACAGUUGCCACGUUGUGACGCCCGGCUCAACCCCACGUAUGCCAUCACCUCCUCCCUGGUCAGCUUCUACAUCCCCGUGUCCAUCAUGAUUGGCACUUACGCAAGGAUCUACCGCAUCGCCCAGGCUCAGAUCCGCCGCAUCUCGUCUCUGGAAAAGGCCGGAGGGCUGGGCUUUGCGCAGGGGAAAGAGCCCGCCUCUUCGCUGCGCAGCUCGCUCUGCAAGGAAACCAAGGUCCUCCAGACGUUGUCCAUCAUCGUGGGGGUAUUUGUCUGCUGCUGGCUGCCCUUUUUUGUCCUUAACUGCCUGCUACCCUUUUGUGAACCAAGGCCAAGCAGCGGGGUUUCUGGGCAAGCUCUCUGCGUCAGCCAGACGACUUUCCGUGUUUUCAUGUGGCUUGGCUGGGCCAACUCCUCGGUCAACCCAGUGAUCUACGCUUUCAAUAUGGACUUUCGGAAGGCUUUCAGCAGCCUGUUGGGCUGCCACCACCGCCCUUGUUGGGCUCCAGGCAGGUCCGCCGUGGAGAGAGUCAACCUGAGCCACGAGCUGGUCUCCUAUCACCACGACUCCUCCUCCCACAAGAGCGGAGGAGAGCCAGUUCCGUCACCUCUCCCCACCAUUGCUGCCUGGCAUCGAUCCCUGCCCCACACAGUGAGCUCCCAAGGAGGAGGAGAGAGCAAUGGAGGAACCCUGCCAGAGAACGAGAUGUUGUCCUCACAUCAGGCCACUCAGAGGAGCAACAGCAAAAACCUUCACCUGCCAGCUUUGCUCCCCUCUGAAUGUGAGGCUGUGGUAUCUUUGGAGACUCUUGAUCCCUUUGCAGAGAUUACUGGGCACUAGAAUCUUUACUGCCACAUCCCAGCGGUAUGUGGAUGGGACCAUGUAGUGGCCACAAAGGAACACAAUCACAUAAGAAGAGUCCUGCUGGUUCAGACUGAAGGCUUAUCUAGUCCAGCAUUUUCUUUCCCCACAAUGGCCGACUAGAUGUGAAUAGGAAGCCCACAAACAAGACACGAGGCCUUUCGCUGUCUCCUACUGUUGUUCCCCAGUGACUGGUAUUCAGAGGUGCACUGGCUCUGAUUCUGGAGGUAUCACAUAGCUGUCAGAACUACUUAUUUAUUUAGGGAUAUCUAGGCUGUCCAAUCAACUGUGAGGAUGGCUCACUUGUUGUUGGCAUCUGUCUGUCUUAGGAGAGUGCGCCUUCAGGGUAAAGUCAAACAGCUUUAGUCAAACAGAGUUACAGCGCCUGCUGUGGCUGUAGACAUUGAUAUAGGAGAGGCAUGUUUGAUUGCAGCUGGGACAAAUGAAGGUGUCCAGUUUUGCUUCUACAGGUGCACCUUAGUGUUUCUCCUCUCUGUGCUCCACCCAGCGGUCAUUCCUCCUCUGGUCAUUGCUAUGGAUACAUGGCCUGUCUGUCUGUCUCCAGGGGUUCACUAUUACAUGUUUAAUAGCCACUGAUAGCUCUAUCUGCCAUGCAUGGCUUCUUCACAGUUGGGAUCAUGACCUAACUAAAAUGGCAGGGCCCAAUCACUUGGGACCCAUCCAUUGGCACCCAGCUCAUAUGGUUGGGUCCAAUGAAGUUAUGCAUGUUUGAUCAGAACAGAAGUCCUAGCGUGUGCAGUGGGUCUUAUGCCUAGGUAAGUGUGCUUUGGUUUGGAGCCUUAGACAUUGCUCCUGAGUCUGCAACAAUCUGCAUGAAAGUUCUUUCCUGCAUAACUGAGUAGCGAUCUACUAGUCUUUCUCUUAGGGUGUAUCUAGAGGCAAUGGUAAGACUGAAGGUUGAUUGUCUAACACAGGCUUCCUCAAACUCGGCCUUCCAGAUGUUUUGAGACUACAGUUCCUAUCAUCCCUGACCACUGGUUCUGCUGGCUAGGGAUCAUGGGAGUUGUAGGCCAAAAACAUCUGGAGGGCCGAGUUUGAGCAAGCAUGGUCUAACACAAGAGCCAUGAUUCCCAACUCUGUGAUGUGAGAGGAGCUGAAACAGAUAUUUAAGAAACUGAAGUACAGUGGUCCCUCGGGUUAAGAACUUAAUUCGUUCUGGAGGUCUGUUCUUAACCUGAAACUGUUCUUAACCUGAAGCACCACUUUCACUAAUGGGGCCUCCUGCUGCCACUGUG